AUAAAAUUUUCAGUUUUACUGGUUAAGGGUCGAAAUGGAAAAGAUCUCCUAAUGUUGAAUGGAUACACAUAUUAUCAGCAUAAACUUCUGCGCGACGGUUUUCGGUGGAGCUGCACUCAGAUGGGUUCCAGAUCUUGUAGAGGUUUUCUGCACGUCACGAAGAAAAUGUUAGUUGUUAGAGCUCAGACUGAGCACACUCAUCCACCGUCCACAUAUUUUUUAGAAUACAUCAAAAACCAGUCUUCAAAAGAGGACGAUAUCAGAAAAAGUGCUUCUGAAAAAGACGCUUCCAAUUUAUCGUUAAAAAUUGCAAGCAUACACAGCCGUGUUGGAUUUUAGUAAAAUUUUUAUGUCUUAUCGUGUAUGAAAAUCUAUUGGCCUUUAUACAAAAUGUUUACUAAUCGGAGUAAUUUACAGAAUUACCAGUUUCUCAUUGAGUUCUCGAAAUAAAUAAACAAUAAUAAAAAUAUAUACAUCGUAAACAUA